AUGGAAGACAACGAAAAUGUCAACCAAACAACGGUAAACAGCGAACAUGCCAAAGAUGAGCCACGAAACAAAAAAGACACCAAAGACACGAACGCAAACAUUUUCCUUCUAAUCUGUAUAAUUGGUGUGUCUCUGGGAAUCGUAUUAGAAAUACUAAACAUUCAAAAUAGAUCGUGCAAAGAUGAAACAAAUAAGACUGUCAACAGAUACUGGGUUUAUUCUGCCUACAGCGAUGUUGAGAAUAGGAACGGUCUUCUUAAACACGUGCAUUUAGUUUUAGAGAGAGUUGGAUACGAGAAAAGCACUAAUCAAACGCCGUGGAGUCUCCUUUGGUCCCACGAUUACCCAUUUAGAGUUCUAUACCCUAAUUUACACAAAUUACAACCACAUCAAAAAGUAAACCACUUCCCUGGCACAGGCUUUAUAACAAACAAAGUAGAUCUAGCCACCACAGACUACAAAUACAUCCCGAAAGCUUUCAAACUGCCAAAGAACAAAGAAGAAUUCUUAAAAUACGCCGCUGAGAACAAAAACGCGUUAUUUGUGGAAAAACAUAACCAACACAGAAAGGUGUAUUUAAAAAACGUGAGUGAAAUUUACUUGUCAAAUGGGGAAAGUUUCGUGCAGGAGUAUGUGCAGAAACCAUUCUUGGUGGAUGGACAUAAGUUUGAUAUUGGCGUGUACGUGGUGCUGACAUCUGUGGAUCCUUUGAGAGUGUAUUGGUACAAAGGCGAUGUCCUGUUUCGGUACUGUCCUGCAAAGUACCACCCCUUCGAGCCCUCAGUUUUGGAUAAGUAUGUGAUCGGCGAUGAUUACUUACCGACAUGGAAGGUGCCAUCAUUGGCUCACAGCUACACGGAGCUCGGGUUCAGCAUGAAAGAUGCUUUCGAUAUCUAUGCCACGUCGAGGGGCAAAGAUCCCGUAAGGAUGUGGGAGGAUGUGCAGGAGGCUAUCGCGGGCGUCUUUCAGUUGAAGGAGAAACAUGUUAUUGAAGCUUUAAAGAGCUACCCGUCUGGAGACAAUUUCUUCGAGCUAAUGCGAGUAGACCUAGUAGUUGACGAAAACCUAAAAGUAUAUUUGUUGGAAGCCAACAUGUCGCCCAACUUGAGCUCGGCGCAUUACCCGCCCAACCAGCUGCUUUACGAGCAAGUCCUGUACAACUUGUUCGGCGUCACUGGAGUGGCGGAUUAUAUGAGGGAAUAUAAUAGUACAGAUGUGAGAGAACAAUCAGCAGCCAAAAACAUGGUUUCCACCGACAAGAACCUAGCAGUGUGGGGGAAGGAGUGCGACACCUACUGUAGGGACAACUGCGAGGGUUCGCUCCUCAUCUGUAGGCUGUGCAAACCCUGUAUCAGCAAGCAGUUAAGGCAUAGCUUGCUGAGGGCUCACAGGGAGCACUUACAUAAAGGGGACUUUAGGAGACUGUACCCUCCACCAAUGCAACCAGGAGCACAAGUGGACUACAAACAUCUGGAAACUCUCAGUGCAGCCAACAAGUUGCAGCAUCUUUGGUAUCAAGGAAAAUGCAACAUCGACAGCACAUGGUGUACAUAAAAACAAUUUGUUACUUAAACUAUUUAAUAAACUUGUUCUUAAAAACGU